AUUUCAUUAUUGAAAGGAAAAAGAAAAAGAAAAAGUAAAGAAAACAAAAGAAAUCGAAACCGAAACCCAAACCGAAACUCUGCCCCCAAAUCCAUUGACCCGUGUGGAAUGGCAAAGGGAAAAAAUCGAGAAUUUUGUCUAUAAACCCCGAACGACCCCAUCGACUGAUCACGAUGAGCUGAUCAUGAUCAGCUCGAACGGAAUCGAAAUCAACUUUUUAGAUCUGGAAACUGUGGACUGAAUCUGAAACCCUAAAACAAUCGGCAUGGGACCGGAACCGGAACCCGGCGUCUGCGGAAGGUAACUGCUCGUAAUUCUGAUCAAGAUCGCCAGAUCUUUGUCUGGAAACCCUUCGUUUUGACGAUUUCGGACUUUGUUCUGGUUGGGACUUUAAAAUCUUGGUUUCUGACCCCAAGAACCCCUUUGGUUGGGGGCUGAUUUAGAGAUCUUAGAUAUCAUUUGUUGGUUGUUGGAGACAAAUAUUCUCCUGGCUGGAUAUUGUUUGCCUGUAACUGUAAAAAAGUUCGGAGGAAUUUGACUGGAUUCUGGGAAUUUUGUUUUAUUGUGAGGUCUGAAUUGACUUUCCGUUGAUUUUUGAUUAUUCCGAGGUAUUGAACCUAGUGUACUAGUUGAUUGUUGUGGGAAGUGGAUCUUGAAAAGUACCCGCUUUCAGCUCGCUAAUUGUUCUGUAUAAUCAUAUUGGUUGUUGUUAAACAUGCAUCCGAGGAAUAGGAGUCCUGGAAAUGGGUAUAGGGGUACUUCUAUGGGAUUGGGAGGUGUAGCUGCGGCCUCUCGGGUUUCCUCUGAAAGCUCGAUCAGAGGUCGUGGGAUGUAUAAUUCAGAGUAUAGGGGCUAUAAUCGUGGUUUUGGGCGGGGACAGCCAAAACCAUUCCAAGUGCCACAGCCUCCACCUCGUCGGGGAGACAUUUUUAUGGAGGCUGGUCGUCUAGCAACUGAAUAUUUGGUGUCUAAGGGGAUGCUGCCGCCAAAUGUGCUCUCUGGGAAGUGGCAAAAUGGCAGUUUGAAGAACCAGGUAGGGGAUUUUCAGGGGUUUAGGCAGCAGGAAGCAGAUGGCUUGCAUCUUCUUCCUGAGGGCAGAACCACUGCUUUUGCUCGUCUGGGAAAUGUGGUUGAUUCAGGGCCCGAUAGGAGAAGGUUUUCUGAUGAAUAUAAUCCAACUGGGUCUAGAAAUUACAUGAGAGGUCGAAGGAGGAUGGGAUCCAUCAGGAAUUAUGGCUCAGAUUGGGGCCGAGAAAUGGCAAGGAGUAGUUCCUGGUCAGAUAAAGCCAGGGCUUCUCCAGAUAUAGAAGGCGAGGAUAAUACGUCAAGUGGAUAUCAGGAAGAGCAACAAGCUGGUAAUGAAAAGUCACGUUCAAGUGAAAUAGCAUCUAAAAAGGAAGCUGUCGGUGAUUCAGAGUCCAUGCUUGAGCAUUUGAAGCUCCAGGAUGGCACAGUCACAAAACUGAGUUCUGUAAUUGAUGAAGAGCCCCCAUCUGAGACUGAGGCUGAUUUGGAAUUCAGUAAGAGGUCUGACAAUGUGGAAUACUCAAAUGAAGAGACCAUUGAGGUGAAGGACAGCACAGGCAGUGACCAGGCUGGGAAACAAAACGCCUUGGAGGAUAUACCCAUUAAGCAUUCUGUAGGGGAGGGUGAUUCUAUGAAUAGGAAUUCUGGUAAUUUGUUAAGUCUUUGCAGAUUUGCCAAAGUGCCUACAAAAACCCGCUCUUCCUUGACAACGAAGGGUUCGAAAGUUAAUUCAGUUCCAGUCAGUGAGGAGGAACAUAAUCAUACUUUGCAACAAGGAGGACAGAAUUAUGAAAUGGGUCCUCCAAUUGAAACUGAGGUUCCCCUUAAUAAUGUUUCUGUUGGUUGCUCCUCAAUUGAUGCAUCGUCAAGUCAAGUUGGAAGUUCGAAACAUCUUGAUUCUAGUAUAGCAAAGGAGUUACCUGUCAUAUCUGCAGAGGAAGCUGGAGAAAUAGGUCCCAUCAACAAUGAAGAAGGAAAAUGCAUUCAGUCUCAUUCUUUCCCAGACAUGUCUCUCGUGAACCAGCAAGAAUCAUUUGAGGGGCCACCUGGGUUUGGAAGUAGCAGCUCCAUGAUUAUGGAAAGGGGUGAGAAACGAGCUGUACAAGACGGUGAUAACAGCAGGGACAGGGAGGGAAUUAAGAAACCAAGAGAAUGGCCCCCCUCAUUAGUUACUCAAACUGAUGAAUACUUGCACACGUCUAACUUGAAAGGUAAACAACUGAGCUCACAAGAAGGUACGAGUUCACUUGGCAAGGAAGUGAUCUUGGCCACGGACCAAGAUAGGCCAUUGGAUGUUUCUCUUUUUCAGGGAGGUGAUGCUGGACCAUGCAUGGAGUAUACAGAAGAGAAGCAACUUUUUCCAAGUUCAUUUAAGACUUGCGAUCUUAAUCUUAUGGAAACUUCUGAAGCAAAUGAAAGCACUGAUCCUAAUCCCAUUCUUAUUUUCCCGUCUAUUCCAGAAAGACAAAAAGAAGCAACAACAGUGGUUGGUGUUGAUUUAUCCAUAAGUAAUAACUGUGACUUAUCUGCUCAGUACGGUAGGCAUGGUUCAGAUGGCAAAGAGGUUGAGUUGAUUGAUUUGGAAAAUGAUUCUGAACGAGCAGACAAGGUCUUCAGUAACUCAGAGAGGAAGGGAGAAACUGUAUAUACAGGUUUGGAGGUCUUUUCUGAUCAUGCACAGAAUCCCAAUGGCAUGCCUGAUGUUCAGGAUGGUUAUGGGCUUAUGCUCUCAGAGUUGCUUGGAACUGAUAUCUCCAAUUGUUCAUCUGUACCAGCUGACAUUUCUAUACACAAUGAGAUGGCCCUUCAUAAUGGAGAGGGGAUUCUUGGUGACGAUGACUCAAUAUACAUGUCCCUGGGAGAAAUACCAAUAAGUAUGCCAGAAAUUUAAUUUAAUGGCUUGUUGCGGGUCUGGGAGCCGCCAACACAGGAUUAUGGGAAGCCCUUUUAAACUACUAUUUGUUCAGCUGUCACUCAGGACUAUCAUAGGAGUUGGUAUGCUUAGUAUUAGUAAUUGUGGUUUCUUAGCUGUAUUCUCUAGCUUUAUUGUAGUUAAACAUUAUCCUGUUUGCUUGUUUGAUUUCGCUCGUGAUGGUUCAAGGAAACAUGCUUUCCUUGUAGGAUUCCAAAGAUGUUGACUGCUUUCUUUUUUUAUUUGCUGUUGCUUUCUCAUCUUUGUAUGAGAAAUCAGCAAUAAAAUUGAUAAGAAGAAAUGUUUAUGUGUU